CGUGAACAACAACUCCUCAACAGUGUACGAUACCCGAGGUCCUACUCCAGCCUCCUCUCUUGUGUUUAAACUCAAGCAUCAGCCGCUACACUCUUCUUAAUCUCUCAUUUUAAGGUGAUUUAUUGCUCCUAGUGACCUGUCAUGAAGCCUGAGGACCUAUUCUCUAGUGAGGUUUUGCUGUGGCGAUAUGUGCGAGCACUGGCAUGCUUGUUGCUCCUGCAGGUUGUGGCCCCGAUGGCUGUGUGCAACCUUUACCACACAGUUGUUGCGCAAAGAAUACUGAACCCCAUCACAGUUACCACAAAUCUCCUGACCUCCUGCAUCUAUCCAACAAAACUGCUGCGUCUAGUGGUCCCAGCCGCGUGUUUUGUUAUACUGGCACGAGUUCACAUUAAGUCUUACACUGUGAGUGCCUGGGUACCACUCAAUCGCUGGGAGAAAUGGAGACGUGUACUCUCCCUCACUGUGAUCUUGAGAAGUGGACUCAUCAUGAUAGCAUGUGCUCUACUGGCCAACUUUUAUACUUCACUUGCACAUCCUGAUUUUCCAUUCCUUGUGAUACCAUGUACACCUGGGGACGUCAUGUGUUACAAGCGCAAGACUGUAAUAAUCUAUAUGGGUGCCUAUGUUGGUUACCACUACGCCUACAAGUACUUCAUGUUGAAUGGUAAUCUAAUAACACCCACCCCGGCUCACCCGAGAAAGUUGCAAUUGAUCAAAGCAAGCCUUAGUCUUCGCAGUACGAGGGAAGCUUGUAAUACUCAUGGGGCUAACAAGUUGUCAUUCUUAUGUGCCAUCUGUAUUUAUAUGGCUGCUGCUAUCAUGAUAAACUUGAUAUAUGAUGGAAACUGGCAGGAGUGGUUGGUAAUAUUUGACUUGCCUCUGAUGAUGAUGACUCUGCUGGCGACUGUUCUCUUGGCAAUCAGUCUCUCCCUCUUCUCACAAGUCUUCCACAUUUUCAUAACAGAGCCCGUUGAGAUACCAGUUGCCACAGCAGAGGACAGCAACCCAGAAGCCGAGACAGAUUCAUGGAGGCUUAGUAAUGCCCUCAGUUCAUCCGGCCUUCUCCAACUCUUAGCAUUUUGGGACCUCAAGACACUAGCCUCUUCAGACCCCAUGAAUUUUGCAAGGCGCACUCAAGUGUUUUGUAUCAGCCAGCCAGGUGGCCAUCCCCGGAACUGGAUGGGCAUCAUGAACCCAUCUAUGAACCUAAUCCGUAAAUUCUGUGAGCGACUAAAGCGACACAACUGCCCGGAAGAUCUGCCCAAACCUCCCGUAGUGCCCGCUGGGGCAGCGUCUGCCCCGACUGAUGUCAACAAGAAUGAAGUUGUCAAGCCACCUCCUGUCCCAUUUAAAGAGAGAGCAGUGAAGCUUAUAAUGAGUUUGAAACGGUACCCCUUCUUUGGGUAUUUUUUAUCGGACUUGCCUGAUGCUACCAACCGAAGCAUCUUUGCCGAAGCGCUGCCAGUCAUUUGGGCUGUGCAGGCUCUCGGUGAUCUGGUGACGGCAUCUUUCACGGAAGACAAGUUUGGUGUAGUGCAGAGGAAUAUACCAGAUAUUUUAAUGGCCUUUACACAGUUACAAAAGGUGGUUGAUGGGUUGGGCCGUGUGACCAUAUCUAGGAGGCCUGGUACAGGAGAGGCUUUACCGUCAGAAUUACAGCUGAGAAAAGCACUCCGAUUUUCUCUCAGAUCCGCCUUGUACACUGUCACCACCACCUUUGGAGACACUGUAUUGGCGAUGCCGGUAUCAGCAGAAUGCCAGAGUAAACUGCAGUCGUACCUUCAGUUUAAAGAAGGUUGAAGCCAUGAGUGUUAUACAAUGUAACUCACAUGAACAAAUGAAGCAUCACUGUGAUCUAGGUGUAAAGGUGACUACUGUUCUGCAGAUAUCAAGGAAACAGCAUUGUAAUUGCAGUGAUCUGAGCUUAUACGGUAUGGGUGUUUGUUAAAAAUUGUCUCCUUGUCAUCUUUUGAUGUACAGUACUAUUUUUUUUAAGAUUAAAUGGGGUUAUUAAUCACUUCAGCAAAAUAUGUGUUGAUGAAGUGUACAGUACAGUGGUUAGGUCUUGUGUUUUGCAGCCCAGAUGGUUGUAGAGCAAUGAACAUAACAUAUAGCUGUUCCUCACAGUUCUUGGGUCAUUUGAAUUUGGAUAAAUUAGUGCAUAUUUGAAUCGAUUUUGCACUAUUAACUCCUUGUGUACGGGGUCCCCUGUGUGCUGAAUAAAAUAACAAAAGUGGUAUCCCCGUGAUGAAAGGUUUAAGUGCAGUGUUAAUUUAGUCAAGUCCCAGUGCAUGUACAGUACACUUAUAGAGAGAAAAAAAAAGGUAUUUUUCUUUUGCUGGAGUUUUAUUUUUCACGUUAACCGUCUCUUCCUAGCUGGUUAGACUCCUUACGUGAGUCAAGAGAACAGUUGGGGGGGGGGGGGUAACUAAUGUUUUCAAGUCAAGGGGCUUAUUGAAUGAUAUGCUUUAUGCAAAUCUGGUUGAUUGAGUAAAUAUUUUAAGGAAUCGGUGUACUAUAUUAUUUUAAAAUUGGAAGGAAGUUUUCGUAUUCAAGUUUAAUAAUAGUGCCGUGGCAAUAAAAGUUGUGAAAUGUUAACCUGUUUACUUAAAUGAAAGACCCAGUACAACUUCAGAUGAAUGAAUCCUUUAAUGGUGGCCAAUAUUGUACAGUGAAACCUUCAGAUAACAGACUUCUCUCUCCAUAUAAACCAUUAAGUGGAGGGUUUUUACAUCUAAUGGACCCUUGAUAUAACAGACUUUGACUCUUAUAUAGUUCAAUAGAUGGAGGUUUCACAUCUAACGGACCUUCUAUAUAACAGAAUUUCCUCUCGAUAUAAUCCGUUAAAUCGACCUUUCAUUAUACAGUAUUUUGAGAAGAAAUAUGUCUUAAAGAUAGUGUUGUGUAGUAAGGAUUAUCAAUGGGGGAAUUUUUUGUAUUUGCUUUAUAUUGUGAUAAUGUGGGUAGUCCUUGGUGUAUACGAGGCAUAAUGGUCGUCAGAUCAUCACCAAAAUCCGUCUCUUCUAUAGGGACAAUAUUUAACAAUAUAAUGACAGUGACAUCAAUGUUGUUUUUUAUAUAUUGUCUGUAAUACCUUAAGAAGUGAUGUAUAAAAUCUAUGUCCAGAUAAUAGUGUACUGUAUGACUGACUGAGAGGUGAUAGUUUGGGAAGUUUAUUUAUAAAAGUACAGUACAUAAACUAUUUCUGCUAUUUGUUUUGCUACCAGAAUUUGUACAAAUACUCAGAAAAUCACAAUAUCUUACAAGUUAAGAUAGCUCUUGUGUUUUCUACAGAUAGGAUAACCUCUACUUUACACAUUAAUUGUGAAGUUUUAAUGACUUUUUUGUUCUCUCAGUAUGAGUAUUGUCCAAAUGGUUAAGACAGUUCAUAAAACCUUUAUAUAUACACUGAAACUUCUAUAUAACAGACUUCUCUCUCCUUAUAAUCUGUUAGUUGGGGCGUUUCACAAAUAACGGAUUUUCCUCUUAGCUGGUUAUUUGAAACAUCUUUGUCGAUUUUCUGUCGUGUAAGGUAAAUAUUUACUCUAGACCCACUGUUGUGCUUCGCCCCUUACGUAACAUGAACCAAAACUGUGAUAUUAGCGCGUCGUUGGUCACAGUACUGCAUGUAGACACUGUGGAUUUGACUCGCUGCCCAAGGACAGAUUAAUGUUGGUUCUUGCAAAAAAGUGUGGAGUAACGGGAAGGUUUAUCGGAAUCCACUUUUUAUAUUUAUUUGUAAUAAUAAAUCAUUUACAAAAGUGCCAUGUUUCUAAUACAAAUUAAAAUACUUAUACAACAGUACAUGACAGGUAAUAUAUUGUGGAUGGUUACAGCUGAAUACAUUGUUAGUACAAAGUAACUUAAGUCACUUGCAGUUGUACUUGUAGUAAGCAGUUUUGAUUGAUCUUUGCAGGUUAGGUUAGGAAAUCACUUAUAAUGAACACAGAAACAAGAUGAAUCAAUGUUCAGCAAACUUGUUUUUAGAUAGAUUAAAUGAUUUCUGUUUUGUUAUGAAGGAUAGAUGAAUUACCUGGACCAAAAUCUUGUACUUCAGCUGUUUUAAUUGACAAGAGCAAUUAUUCCUCUGCAUAUUUAUAAGACUAGAGAAUACAAUAAUGAAAAAUCUUGUUCUACUCAUUAUUACAUAGGAUGGGUGAAGGAUUACAUAAACUAGGGAGAAAAUGAGAAAAAUUAGAGUGGAAUACUGUACAAUAUUACAAUACUGUACAGAAGAAGUUAAUUCAACAUAAAUUUUUGUGAGUUCCUAGGUAUAAAAUUAUGACAAAUGUACUAAUAAGGUAAACAACAGUAAAUUAAUAGAAAAUUUAUCUAUUAGGAAUCAUAAAAAAACAAAACAAUAAAAGGAUUUGACAGUACAGUGAAACCUCUAUUUAACGGAUUAUAUAGAGAUGAAAGUCCAUUGUAUCGAGGGCCUGUUGGAUGUGAUACCCUCAUCUGACGGAUUAAACACACAGAGAAGUCCGUUAUAUGGAGGUUUUACUGUAAAAUAAGACUAUGAUCUUAUUGUUAGUAGAUCAAGAUCCUCGUAGCUAAGUACAGGUAUAUGAUUAUGUUGCAGUGCUGUCCUAUGAUGGGUUCUACAAUAGGUCAAGUGGGCCCAGUCUUUAUCUUUUCAUAUUAUUGACAGUUGAGCAAAUAUCACCUUCUUGCUGGUUGAUGGUGUAAAGCAUCCCCCCAAAUCUCACUCACUUGUUGGGUUUACCGGGGCCAUUCAACAUUGGGUUUGGAUUCUACACUCACAAGUUGUUCUAGCAAUGUAACCUUUGUAAAUAAACAUCAACAUUUUACAACCAUCUUCCAUGCUUGCAAAUGUGGCCGGCUUAUUUUACCAAACUGGCCAUAUACAUAUCUGACUUCUUGUUGCGAAUUAUACUCUUGGUAGUAAUAUAAUGCAAGAAUUUUUACUGUACUGUACAUAAUAUUGGAAAAGCUGUUGUUUUAUCUUGGGUGUCGGUAAAGAAAUUACCUUUUGAGAGCAUUGGUAUACAAAUCACCAGCAUUAUCAUAGUUCAAAGGGAAAUCUAACCUUAGAUACAUUGAAAGAAUCUUAACAGAGUGAAUAUAAAAUUUAAUUUGCUGAUUAGUACAAGACUGCAUGUAGAGGGAUCUUGAUAACAUUAGUAACAUUAAGAAGACCUUGUACAGAUACUUUUGUACUUUAGAAGGUAAAUAUUAUAAUUUUUUAAAAGUUGAAAUGUGACCUGUGACUCGACGUAUCUCUCCUGGUAACACAUCCUUAUCGUAAUGAAUAUUGUACAGGGGGAGAGUGGACUGUGGGAAAGGUGUGAGUCCCACCCACUUCAUAAACUACCUAAUAAACAAAAAAAUUACAAUGAACUUCAUUUGACUGUCAUACCCACAUAAGUGAGUUAGUCAACAAAAAAAUCAAGGAAAAUCCUGUACAUAUAAACUGAACAAAUUUUAAAACAGUUAGCCAAACAUUUCACUAGAUUGUGGAUUAGAGGAAGGGAGAAAUUUUAGGAUGAUCUGGGAGCUCUAAAUAAUCUAUUACCAUAAAAACAUUAAGACCUGUGUGUCUGGAAGAUCAACAUGUUGGUAAUCUCUCGUAACCCAAAUUUGCUCUGAAUAUUUUCUUGAUCAACUUGUAUAUACAGUACAGUUGUCCCUUGCAUGUACCGAAAGAUGUGUUCCGAGAAUCGUGGCAUUUAUGAAUUAUUGCAUUACUGGAAAAUAAGGGGAUGUGUUCCAAACCCCUUCCACUAGACCUAUUGUUGGUCAUUGUACUCCAGAGAAAUAUAUGUAAAGUACAGUCAGUAGAUUAAUUGUUAGAAUGAAUACAGUUACACUAUAUUUUUUAUGUACUGUACUUGAAACCUCAAAAACUAAUUUGCAGAACAUAAUGCUACCUCAGUUCAAUCUUGUACACUGCAUAAUUUAUCUUGCAUUUCAAAGUCAUAAGCACAUUUUCAAGACUGGCAAAUUACAUUACAACUUUGUGACAGCUGACAUACACCAUGCACAUGACUGCAUCACUGCCAUUCUUUGUGAUUUUUACUCAACUGUUUACGUGCAAACCCAUCCACUUUAUUUACGAUUUUUUGUUGUUAAAUUUUUUUAAUAAUCUGCCUGUGAAUUCAGUGAGAGGCAGAGAAAUCUGUGAGGAACAGCUGUACUGUGAAUAGAUUCUAAUUAGCAUGACAGAGUCAACAAUUGUUAGUGUUUUAUGUGUAUAUGUACUGUACUGUAAACUAGAUUAUGACAUACGUAGUUCGUGCAUCACAAUCUGGAAGAUUUAAGCUUACUUCUGUACACUUGAUAACAGGGCACUUAUCUUAACUAUAUAACACUACUGUACUGGUAAAAAUUUUAUAUACCUGUAUAGUACUUGAAAAUAACAACAAAGUACAAAUA